GAGUAGGCAAGUUUGUCCCGGGGCUUUUGUCCGAGUUUUUGGAUCAGUCUUGGUGUUACAUGUGCCGCUAGCAGGAGUCGUCGGGGAAAGAGCCCCCGAACAUUCUUCUGCAUGAGUGCCAUUGAAAACAAUUUGCAUCGUGUGGAUGGAAUGCUCUCAAGCGUGCGACGGUCAGAAAUGUCUGGAAAUACGAAUAUUGAUUCUGUUGGCCUGGAUAAGAAGUAACGUAUUACAUAACCUCAUAACGGUUCUUCUACAGGAUCUCGCGCGUUCUGCGAUUGCGAGAUAUGUUUCAAACGGGGAUCAUACGACCUAUUGAAGAGAUAGAUGAUCCGGCCACCCCACCGAUGCCUACGUCUGACAAACAGAUAUCGGACGAGCGCCUGAGGUUUUUAAGAACUCUUCCCGGUUCCCCUCCUCUUUCCACCCUCCGUGCUCACCAGGCCAACUUUGCCAAAGCGCAGACAACGGGGACAAAAAAGAAGAAGGCAAUGACCAGCGCAGAUGAGUUUGCUGGUACUGACUUUCAUACUUCGCUGCCAAGUAAUCGUUUGACCGCCUCUGGCUCUCCUCCACCCUUCACGUGGUUGUGUGAAGAGAGCCCUUCGAGGAAGUCGGUCGACUGGCAUACGCAACACGUGGCCAAACCAGCGCAACCUAUGCAGUGUGAUCAGUUCAUCUAUCGACGUUUGAACAAGGACCCCAGCUUACCUAACGGGAUCAGUCCCACCGCGCCUUCACGCCCCUCCCCACUCGCAUCAGAUCCCUCCCCUCCCGUCCCUCCGACCACUCCACCCAAACCCAGCUAUUUGCCGUUGGAUAUCACCCCUCCGGUUAACCGACAUUUUCUAAAUUCAAGGUAUCAACCGAACUUCAAAAGUCGAUUGCUAUUUUCGAAAGUGGCCACACAAGCCAGCCAGCAACGCAAAAUGGUCCAGCGAAGCCCGUCAGAUGUUACCAUGACCCUGCCUAACAACCUCUUAUCCACCCCCCAGCCCACAGCAUUUUCUAAAUUCAAGGUAUCAACCGAACUUCAAAAGUCGAUUGCUAUUUUCGAAAGUGGCCACACAAGCCAGCCAGCAACGCAAAAUGGUCCAGCGAAGCCCGUCAGGGUAACUUCCAAGCUACCUGGGAAAACUAAUGGUGCUUUGGAAGCCCGGCGGAAUGUGUUCCAGCCGAGCACGCAAACAGACACCCUACAAACAUCAGCACAACCCCAGCAGCGUCGAGGCGUAUCGUCGGUACAACAAGAAUCAUCCAUCACCAUUUCCAUCCCGCCCAGACAAUCCAUCCCGGAAAUCAAGGCCCAAGCCACUGUCGUUCCAAAUCGUAACGGGUCGUCACAGCCAGCUCUGUCUUUGCAAAUCCCUCCGACGGGUUUUCCUUGCGGUGGCUCAACACCGAAGUCAUCACCUCUGUCUGCUGGUGUCAGCGAUAGCGAUCAGAAUGAAACGGAAUAUGAAUCUGUGGAGAGCUACAAACCAGGAUUAUCUUUGGCAGGCCCCGGCAGGCUUUCUUCAUGGCAAGGCACCUCAGAAUUGAACCGGAUCAGCCCGUCUGUCCCAGAGACCGAGAGCAUGCAGGACUUCAUUGUCCAAUCCAACGCGUUUCGUACCUCCCCCAACUAUAUACUGGAAGCCGCUCACUUAGACCAUGCUAUGCCCACGCUGCAACAUGCCGAGACGAUUGCGGUGACCACGCCUGAUGAGGAUGAAGAUUCGGACGGUGCGAUGGAACGCCCCAGCUGUCCUGUCCCGAAUCUCCCGGUUCCCGCAAACCUGAAGAUAGUUGCUGUUGAUUCUGAGGGUGUGCACAUUUUGGAAGAUGGCAACUUUGUCUACGCUGUUCCUGGUCUCCCCGGAUACAUCGAAUCCUCUCCCGAAGAGUCCAAUGUGGUUCAGUUGAGGUCGUGCAAAGUGCCUAACAAUCGUUCAAACGAUGCCGCCGGGGAGCAUCUCCAGAACCACUCACCUGAGGGUAAUGGCAGCUUGCUACCAGAUUCAAGCCACGACAGUUUCAGCAAACGUGUGCGAUUCAGCGGCGAUCCGAUCCUUAUCUUUAGCACCUAUUCCACUUCGGAGUACGACCGACGGAACGACGAAGUCGACCCUUUGGCUGCUUCGGCCGAAUACGAAUUGGAGAAGCAUUUGGAGGAGAUGGACUUGUUCAAUGUGGAUUUACAGAAAAGUGCCCAGGGUCUUGGAAUCAGUAUCCUAGGUUUGGGUGUGGACAACGUCGGUGGAGAACAGAAGUUGGGCAUCUUUAUCAAAGCACUCACACCUGGAGGUGCAGCUGAAGCCAACGGGAAAAUCAUGGUCUACGAUCAGAUUGUCGAAGUUGAUGGCAUCAGUCUGGUUGGGGUGUCGCAACAAUUUGCCGCUCAGACACUUCGGAGCACGAAGGACGUUGUACAUUUUGUGCUUGCACGAGAAAAAGAUCCGGCAAACAGUCGAAUUGCCCAACUUUUGGCAGAACAGGAACAGGACGAAGUGGAACGUGCACCGAACCCCGUCGAACGCAGCCCCGAUCAAAGAGAAGAACCAAAAGUUCAAGAGGAGAGAACGAUCGGUAGAUUUAUUGCUGGGGAACGUUUCGCUUUUGACACAGAAGCUUCGUCAGGCCAAAUGACUAGGUUCCGAGCUAAUCUGACUGCGAUGUGUUGGCGUACGCUGGAUGAUAUUUGUCGCAUGCGUCCUUCAAGAUACCUCCUCUAUAGUUCGGCGAAGAAAUUUUGGCUAUUUUCUGUAGAGUUUCGGCCCUAUUCAAGACCUCUACUCCUAGAGGGUGAGAUGACUCAGUGGUUGGAACGCGAAUUUACUGACCGGAAGGUUCGUGGUUCGAAUCCGACCUCUGUCUCUCGACUUCCCCUACCUGGGCUUGGGCAACUUGACGGUAUCCCAGCCCUCGUGCUUCCUUCGUGUGACGUGGCAGCUAGGCACCAAAAGAGUUUUACAGCUGAAGGAUUGUGUCACCUCUAUUUCGAGCUUCCACGCGACGAUUCUUUGGAAGCAUUGCACAAAAUGUUGUCCGAAGCGCAAAACGCAUUUCGACAUUCCGAGACCCCACUCAGUGAUGAUGAAGUUACCGAUCUUUCGGCUGUUGGGCCAGACGCAUCGCUGAGAGAGACCGAACAGUCGGUGGACGCUUUCCCGCAGACGGUUGGAACCACUUCGCCUGUCACCGAUGUGGACCGAAGUGGACUGUCCGAUUCCCCGGGGCCCAGAUCCGCCUUGAAGGGGACAGCAACGGCAGCAUCUACGAAGCGACGUCAGGACGCCCUUCAGCAGCUUAUUCGGUCUGCCGAGGAACGCGCUCAGUCAGAGUCGGGGGAGGUGCGUCUACCUCCUCUGAUUCCCGGAGUGGAUAAGCUCAAUUGGAUUUUGGCCAAUGAUCUCUAUGACUGCCACGCGCAGUUGCUCAAAACCCAAUCUCAACUGCAACUACUGGAGCAACGGCUUGCAACUCAAGAGGCUGCUGCUGAGGAGGCAAUCGAACGGCUCUGUCUGCAGUGUCGCCACGUGGAACUCAGACUGAAUGAAACACAUUCCCGGUUGAACGAGUAUCUUCAAGCACAUCAAGAAGGACGUCUCCUGUUUACCGAUAUCACUGAGAGUCCACAGACUGCCUCCAAUGGUCAUUCGCCAAACGUUGCCUCUCCAAGCAAAACGGUCCUCAAAGCAGAUGAUGCGGAUUCAUCAUUACCGUCAAACAACGCGACCCUGAAAACCGCCGCCGGUCUGGUUCAUUCGAAACCCGAAUUGGGUGGUGGGGUUGAAGAUGCGGGAGAGCAGGCAACGCAAGAUGACAUUGCACAAGCCGCUGUCACGACCGGCGAGGCGACGACCUGGUUGCAGAAGCAAGUUCAAGAUCGCGCGCGGUUGAUUUCUUCCGGUGGUCUGUCCAAUCGUCGUCCGCGAACACGUGUGGUGAUUAAUCCGCCACCCACGCUUCUAACCGAGACGAGUGUGUCAGCGGCGACGUCGUCCUCGGAUGUGACCUACGUUCAGUCCGUGACGCAACACUUGCUGUUUCCUGUCCCGACCGGUGGACAGUCGGCUUCGCCAGUCGCUUCCCCCGCCUCAUCAUCCAAUGUUGAGGUCGAUGUCAGAGGUGCGGUCACAGUUGGAGAUGAAAUUCCGCGUCUUGUCCUUGCUUUUGAAACCUCGCCAAAUGGCCACUAUUCCUUUCUUUUUCGGCUAGCAGGUGACGUCGCCUCGACCAUGGAUGAUCCCAGUAAAUCGCCCGAUACUACACCGAGUAGCGCCAUCCGAACGCCCAGAUUGAAUGACUCAUCUCACUCUUCGCCCGCCGUAAGCUCCACCAUGGGUACACCGGACAGUGCUGCCUCGCGUGUUUCGUCCCACAAGGCUAUGGGAAUUCAAUUACCCGGUCUCUCUCCUGCUGUUUCUCCUCUACAGCGAGUGUCAGCUGAGUUGAAUCCCAGACGUCUGUUAUGGCCUCUAUUGGCCUCUUAUUCAUUCAUUCAUUCAUUCAGUCAGAAUGCUCCAGGGGAUCCAACUGCGUCGUCGUUCCCCCACGCCAGACCAACCUGCAAAGGACAGCCCUGGUUCGAAACCGUAGGACCGAGGCUCUUCCAAGGCUCUGCAACCAUCCCGGGCUUCCAAUCAUUUAUAUGUCGUCUUCCCUGUGCCGUUUGCGACCAUUCUUCCCGUACAAUGACAAUGUCACCCAGCAACAAACAGUUUGUACUUCUUUCUCCCUUCGGUCUAUUUUUUAUACUUGUACCCUAGCUUUUUCUAUUGUAUGGGUGCGUGCCUGAUUCUACUUGCGACGCUAUCAAUAGGUUACAACAAUACGUUCCCGCUUUUUGCCCUCCCUCUCUACCGUAAUUUUGACGAAUUCCAGUUCAAAUUCCGGGUACAGAGCAGCUGGAAGUAUGCGGCAUGAAUCCUAGUUGGAUGUCCCAUGUUCUUGCUUUUUUUACUUCCGUUUUCCUCCGAGUUUGAGACUAUCCACGAUUAUUAAUGGUGUUAUUGUGCUGCCUACCUGCACUGCUCACCAUUUGUUCUCUUUUUGCGAGUAUUGCCACCUAUCGAAAAAAUGCGUUUCUAUUCACC